GCUCUGUAUCAGCUGAUAAGAACUGCAGUCUCUAUAUCAGUAUGGCUUAAAACAAAUACACAUCAGUACUGGUCAGCACAGUGGAGCUUCCAGAGUGUCGUUUCUGCUUCUACAGCCAAGCCUUCGUCAUGGAUCAUCCAGCACCACCAACGGACGCACUUCCCUACCAGAGCACCAACGAACCAUCCGAAACCAGUGCAGUGUACCCUACGCUGAGUCGAUUCUCUGAUCGUCUGGCAACGUUCGAAAAUUCCAACUGGCCAUCAAAGCACUCUGGCAAGAUUGUGCAGCUUGCCUCGAUCGGGUUCUUCUAUACCGGUACGGGAGAUUUUGUGAAGUGUUUUCAGUGUGGCCUCGGUUUGUCGCAAUGGGAGUCAGGCGAUGAUCCACAACAGGAGCACGAGAGCCAUAAUAACGGGUGUAACUAUUUCAACAAGUUCUUGAAACUCGAACCAUGCAUUUAUCAUGCCGCUGAUGGGCGUUCAGCCUUAUCGCGACUACCAUGUGAUGAUCCUGCAGACUGUGAAUUCUGCCGGUGGGAACGUGAAGCGGAGAAUCGUUUACCGGUGGAUACCACAGACGAGCUAUAGGCGAAAUAAUGUUGAUAAGUAGAAUGUGAUACAGAAAUAAAGAAGCCAAUUGUGAUAUCUAAAACGUAA